AUGGCGAAGUUCGCUACAGUCACUCUCGUUCUCGUCGCGCUUCUGUCCAUUCAUCUCGCCCGCGCGUCGUCCACAGUCGACGACGCCAAGAAGAGCAGCUCCGCUACAAGCACCUCCGAUACAAGCAAAUCGUCUACUAGCGCAAGCACGGUGGGACCGCCGCAGGUGUUCGCGUUCGGAGACCAGUACCUGGACACGGGCAUGACAAACCACCUCGAGUCUGCCGGAUGGAAGGCCGAUAUGGAGCCGUACGGCAUCGGCUUCAAGGCCGCUCCGGGCCGGUUCAGCAACGGUCGACUCACGAUUGACCUCAUCACCGAGGACAUGGGAAGCGACUACCUCAUGCCCUACAUCACCAAGUCGCUCGUCUCCAAGCAGGGUACCAGCUUCGCCACCGCAGGCGCCGGCACCAAGCCCUGGAUCAACAGCAACCAGACAUGGAGUCUGCAGCACCAGCUGGAGUUCUUCAGCCAGUACGCUGCCGACCGCAGGGGAAUGAAAUUCAACACAGCCGUCUUCGUUAUCAGCAUCGGCACCAACGACUAUCUCGACGCUAUUCUCGGGGACGGAGGCGACAAGGCGGCAGCAGACCUCGUCUCGUCCACCACCAACGCCAUCGUCGACGCGAUUCUCGUUCUCUUCAAGACCACACGCGCCACUAAGUUUGUCGUUUACGACCUGGCCCCUCUCGGGUGCAUCCCCGCCGUGCGCUUGGCUAAGGGUCUCGUGAGCGAGUCCGCUGGGUGCUACGAGCCGGCCAAUCAGAUCGCGGCGGAGCACAACCAGGCACUGUCGAUGAAGCUGGACAAGCUGCGGGCGGCGGGAGUGAAGGAUCUGAUUCUGUUCCGCAUGUCGAGCGGAUUCGAGAAUCUUCUGCUCAAGGACGGGACUGGUAAGGCUGCCCCGCAUACCCCGUGGCUUCCUCCAACUCCUCCUGCAGUUUGCAUUCCUUUGAUGUUUGUCAUCAUUGCUGAUGUCUCUGCUGCUGAUGUUUCUCCUUUUAUGCUCACACCUGUGGCUUUCCGUGCCCGACUUCUGAAUACUCAUCUGCCCCUUUUUCCAUGCCUUGCAAUUCUUCCUUGCUCUUGCCCUGCAGCUUUCACCAGCAAGCUCACUCCGUGCUGCCAGGGCGAAACCCCCAAGGGCGAGAGAAUUUCUUGCGGGCAGACCGUGGAGGAGGGAGGCAAGAACUACACCGCAUCAGUGUGCGAAGAGCCGGCCAAGUCCGUGUGGUGGGACGACUAUAACCCCACCGAGGCUGCUAAUAACGCGCUCGAGUUUGUGUUGUGGAACAGCAACAGUAUCCUGUAUGUGCGGCCCAACGGUCUCAAGCAGGCUCUGGAGUAA